AUGUACGAAGGGAUUGACAACCUGAAAUCCCUUUACGACCGUGCCGGGAAGACUUUCUCCGGCGGUCCUUCUGCGGCAUAUGAUGUGCCUCGUCGUACUGCUCAACCAGACCCAGUACGUCAAACAUCACUUGGGAGCGGUGCUCCCAAGUAUCCCAGGACGAGGGAUAGCCGCGCCACCGGACGAGAUAACUCGUCCGACGUCCGUUCACGUCGCGGUGGUUCAUCAGCUGCUCAACCAAAUAGCGCUGGCCACCGCGAGAGUCCUCUAAUGGAAGUGGAGGAGGAGGAAAGACGCUCUCCACACGAUCGUGGGGAUCCGUGUGUUCCCGAGAGCUUCUUUGAUCGCGUAACGCAAGGGUUACGCGGUGAUCUCGAGCAUGAGCGGGACAGGCGUCUCCAAAUGGCGGACACUGUCUCGAAGCAUCGCUGA